GAAGAGAUGCUCUCAAAAUAACAUUUGUAGCUAUUCAUACCGCACAAUUGUACUACCUGUUGUGAUGUGUCAAACCGAGCCUCAAUGUGUUAAUGGAGUCAAAAUGGAGUUAAUAUUAGCAAUUAACCAACUUAUUUAUCCUAUUAUCGAACCAAUUUUAUUAUUAAUUUCAUAUUCGUGUUCACCUUAAGCUUUUUCUCGUGUCAUCCGGCGGAAAGUGUAUACAGCAGUCAACAGUCAACAAAUUUUUUCAUCUUGUUUUCAUCCAUUAUAUUUUGAGUUUAUUUAUUGAUUGCACUGAAUCAAUUUCUUCAAAAAUGAAGAAUAUACAUUCACCAUCAACUGGUCAACAUCAUCCUAUCGAUGAAUCACGAGCUAGAAUCAUUGUGAUGGGUGAAAUUGAUAUGCUUGAAACUCAUAUGCGGAAUGCUUAUUCAAUAUUCAGUAAUAAUUAUCAUGGAGGACGACGUCUUUGGAGUAGCAAAACAUCCAAACCCGUGAUUACUUCAAUUGCUAGCGAAACAGAUGAAGAAGAGGAUACCUUUAUUGAUGAUCUAGGAAAUGGAGGGUCUAUACCAUCUGGAUCUAACCAACAGCUGACCAAAUCUAUUAGAGAUGCAUAUUGCGGUCUCAAAAAAUUAAUGGAGAAAUUAGUUCGCAAUCUAAAUCCAUUAGCUGAUAUCUCUUAUUUAGUCCCAUUUUGCGAAGUUAUCAAAGAUCCAGACAUAAGUGGACCCAUUACUGACUUGGCACUUCGAUCAUUGAUAAAAUUUCUGCGUAAAGGUUUAAUUGAUGCAACGGAGGAAAUGGGAUCAGCUCAAUAUGUUGGUGAUUCCAUUAUCAAAGCUCGUUUUGUGGCCACUGAUAGUGCUAAUGAUGAAAUUGUUUUAAUGAGAAUACUUACCGCUCUUCGGGAGAUAAUUAUUCGUGGUUUCAAGUCCAUUUCAAACGAUACUGUGUGUGAGAUAAUGCAAUCCUGUUUCCGUAUUGCUUCUGAGUUCCGAUUGAGUGAAAUAUUGCGAGAAACCUCGAGGCAAGCUUUAGAAGACAUGGUUGAAGUACUUUUUAGUCGCAUUCAUGAAUUCGAUGAUAUUUCGCCUGGCUAUGGGACUGUUGUUAAAAUUUCUGGUCCAGUUAAAUUUCCUACUCUUGGCUCCAAUCGUAAAGUAAAGUCUAGUGAAAGUCAAAUCAAAAGUACAACCAGCACAGCAUCAGUAGUACCUCAACCACAACAACAAACACAAUCAUCGUCAUCAAUCACGACAACAUCAUCAGUUUCAUUAGCACCAUCACCUAUUUCUUCACAAUCCACGUUAUCCACAACAACAAAUACAACUGCCAUAACCACAGCAGAAGUAAAUCAAUCAACAAACUUACAAACUACUAACACUUUAUCUGGUCAACCCACAGAGUUUGUUAAUAGACAUGGCAUCAAAUUUUCUGAAGAUGCUGCUAUUCCUAGGCCACUAGAUACAUUAGCGCGUAAAUUGGGUCGAAAAAGUUAUGAUCUUGUCUGCAUUCAUGAGCUUUUGACUUAUCUCACCUCUUUGAUAAAUCCUCUUCCAGAAAGCAACAAUACCGAUGCAAAUGUCAAUCUUGGUCUCAAAUUGUUAACUGUUGCCUUUGAAACUGCAGUUGAUGAAAUAGGGAAUAAACAAUGUCUCUUAGCCAUAGUUAAAAAUGAAUUAUGCUGGAAUCUUUUACUGCUUUUGCAACACGAUAAACAUCUUACACCAUUCGUCUCCUCUUUAUGGUUAUCAUUCAUAAUAUUUAGUUCACUUCGUAUACACUUAAAAUAUCAGUUAGAAGCAUUAAUUAUACGUUUGAUGGACAUCAUUGGGACUGGCAAUGCACCUACAGAGUUUCGAAGAAUAGCCUUGGAACGUUUGUAUUCAUUUUUUCAACAUAUACCUCAUCUUUGUCACGAGAUAUUCAUCAAUUAUGACUGUGAUCCAUAUGCAUCCAAUUUGUUGGAAGACAUUCUUAAUCUAUUGUCAAAAAAAUGUUUUGAUGUAGCUUUAACACACCCAGUAAUAGGAAAUAAUCCUUCCCAGCCAUUACCGAAUACUUUUUCUACCAUCCAAACGAUUUCUCUUAAAACUCUUCUGGAAUGCCUUAAAAGUCUACAAAGGGUCGAGCUAAAGCCAAACGAUAUGGUUCUUAAAUUUACUGAUGUUGAAGUUUUACAAUUUAUUCAAGCCAUUCCCCAGCCAUCGGAUUUAAACACAAAUGAAGGACCAAGUGAAUCAAAAGAGUUGGAGCCUACUGAUAGCGAUGAUAACAAUCCGAACUCACCUCAACAUACAGCUGUUGAUUCUUUGAGUGCAGAAUCUAAUCUUGAAGAAUCCACUUUAACCGAAAUAGUAGUGGUUCGAGACGAAUGUGAUUCACCUGUUAAGGGAUCGGUUUCAGUCAAAAAUGAGGAUCCAGAGGUUAUACCAGUGAUUACAAGAAGAAAACCAAAAGUUUUGUAUUUACCUAAAAGCGUUUCUGAGAUUGAAAAAUUGAAACACAAGAAAAAAUUACUUUGGAUGGCUUCAGAGCAGUUUAAUGCCAAACCAUCAAAAGGAAUAAAUUUCCUACAAGAACAUAAACUUGUUUCUGAUGAAAAUGAAAUCGUUAACUUUAUUAGAGAUAAUUCUCGUCUUGAUAAGAAGCAAAUUGGUGAAUAUUUGGCGAACAAAAAGAAUCUUGCUGUUCUUGAAUCAUUUGUGCAGAGUUUCAUGUUUAAAGGAUUACGGAUUGAUGAAGCUUUACGUCUUUACCUAGAAUCGUUUAGACUUCCUGGUGAAUCUCCAUUGAUAACUCUUGUCUUAGAGCAAUUUGCCCAUCAUUGGUUUGAAUCUAAUGAUAAACCUUUCGCAAGUGAAGAUGCAGCCUUUAGUUUGGCUUACGCUGUCAUAAUGUUGAAUGUUGAGCAUCACAACGCAAAUGCCAAGAAACAAAAAGAACCAAUGACUUGUGAUGAGUUUAUUAACAUGUUGAGACAAGUUAAUGGUGGACAGGAUUUUGACCCUAAUUUACUUCGAGAAAUUUAUAUAACAAUUAAAAACAACGAGAUUGUCAUGCCAGCCGAACAACAUGGAAUCGUGAGGGAAAAGUACCUCUGGAAAUGUUUAUUGCGUCGCAGUGAGACUGAUUCCGGAACUUAUUGGUUUGCUACCGAAUCAAUAUCUCCAAUUUCAAUGGGAGAUAACUCUAAUGAAGAAGAUCGAUGUCUACAGUUAUCUUUAAUGAAUGGUCCAGUUUUCAAAAUACUUUGGGGUCCUGCCUUGUCUGCAAUGACUUUUGUCUUCGAUAAAAUUAAUGUAAAUCAAAAUACAGCAUUAACCCGUAAAAUAUUGAAUCAAGGGUUUACUGUGUGUGCUCUUCUCUGUGCUAAAUAUGGUCAUCUUGACAAUCUAAUCUCUAGUCUUUGUAAAUUUACUAUUAACUCUGCUGGAGGUCCUACAAGUCCAUUGUUAACUCGUAAAAGUCAACUCGCUGCACAAUGUCUUUUCAAAAUUGCUAGAGAAUAUGUCAAUGAGAUUCGCCUGGCUUGGACUGAGAUCGUUAAAAUGAUUUUGAACUGGUUCAUUGCCAAAUUCCUUGAGGAAUCAUUGGAGUUUGAAGAUUUUGCUCUAGGUGGACGGCAUAUCAAAAUGAAGCGUAAAGAAAAGCCAAAACCAGUCAACAAAAGUGCAAACGAAGGUUCAUCCAAUUUCUUGUCAUCCUUUUAUUCCUAUUUUGCUGGUAAUCAAGAGGAAGCAUCGAUUUCGUCGGAUGGUUAUUCAAGUGGAUACGCAUCAAACGUCAGAGACUCUUCCGACUGUGACUUUAAUUCUCAAUCAACUGAAGUAAUCCAAAGCUAUUGUAAACCAUUAAGUAUCAUUGAAGAGUCCAAAUUUCUUCACACUGAUUCAUUGGUUGAACUAAUCAAAGCUUUGAUUAAUGUUGACAUAGAAUUAGAAGAUGAAGCUGGUGAUGAUGUAGAAGCUUUUCGACUUGAAAUGAUUCUACAAAUUAUACUUUCAAAUAGGGAUCGGGCUUCUGUUUUUUGGUCUCAUCUCCAAAGUUAUCUACAAACAGUUUCCAAAACUUGUAAUCAAAGUGAAUUGUUCGCUGAAAGAUAUGUUUCUGCAAUCUUCAGAUUAGCCAUAAGAUUCAGUCCUAGACCGGAUGCCUUCAGUGAACAAAUCUAUCAAUUGAUUCAACUCAUGUUAACGACCUUUGAACCUAGAGUAUUCCAGAAACACUAUACAGCAACCGCUUUGCAUUCCUUCAUAACCCAUGUCCAUUCAUCACUAGUCAAAAUUGAAACUUGGCGGCUUAUUUUUGAUGCUCUACUAUAUGUUGGAAUAGGAUAUCGACCUCCAGGAACAUUUAAAGUCAGUGGAUCCACUGGAAUGACCAAAGGCUCAGUUGAAUCCAUUAAUUUUCUUAGUGAUAAUGAAGAGAAUCCACGUAAUCUCAAGGAAUCUUCCUCGUCUGGUUCCUUACAGGGUCGAGGAUAUACUUCAGACUCUGAAAUUAAUUCACAGAAUACUUUGAGAUCAGGUAGCCUUGAAUCAAUAAAUUCAGAUGGAGGAAGUGGAAGUGGUAAUCCAUAUAAACUUAUGACUGGUGACUCUAUUGGAACUGGUAAAGGAAGUGUUUACUCUAUUACAGAUUUAUCUGCUUACGAAAAGUGUACUGAAAUAUUGACUCUCAUCAUUCGCGAGAUUUUACCCAAAAAUUUAAUCACAACUAAUGGUCAAGAGAUUGACGAGUUUAGCAGUUCAGUUACACAAAUGGCAAUAGAUACACUAAGAAAGUUUGUCGAAGCUUCUGUUAAAAUAAACACUAUCUAUAAGCAUGGUUAUCAUCAUUACCACCAUCAUUCUAAUUUAAGAAGAAGCACUUCUUACAAUAACAGUGGACUACGAACUGGCCAAUCUUCCAGAUCUUCUAAUCAAUCUUAUUCGUCAAGGAGAAACACUGCUACAGGGUCUAGUGGAGCUUGCAGUGAUUCAGAAGAAGAAUUUAGUAAUUUAAGUGAAAUCGCUGAAGGAGAUGAAGUGGCGAAACAAAAAUUAGUCUCUUUAACUGAAUCAUGUUCACUUAAAUUACUUGAUUUAAUGCACUAUCUUCAUCUAAAUGCUGGUUUAACCAGUGAUCAUUGUGCCAAUGAGUAUCUCUGGUCAUCUGUUUGGUGUCCAUUACUUCAAGGAAUAGCUCUUUUGUGCUGUGAUUCUCGCCGUCCUGUGCGUACUUGUGCUCUUACUUUUCUCCAAAGAGCUCUUCUUAAUCACGAUAUGAGAAUAUUGAAUGCUCAUCAGUGGGAAAGUUGUUUCAACAAAGUGUUAUUCCCAUUGUUGGCCAAGUUAUUGGAACCCCUCAAUACUCGUGAUCCGGUUGGGAUGGAUGAAACUCGAAUGCGAGCAACCAAUUUACUUUGCAAAGUUUUCCUCCAACAUCUUCAACCGCUUCUCGACUUACCCACCUUUACAGCUCUUUGGCUUACAAUACUUGACUUUAUGGAUAAAUACAUGAAAGCGGAGAUGCAAACUGAUUUGGUUAAAGAAGCCAUUCCGGAAUCACUGAAAAAUAUGCUUCUUGUUAUGGACACAGCAAACUGUUUUAAUUCAGCUUUGUCAUCCAUUACAUGGGAUCGAAUUCACUGUUUCCUUCCAAAUUUGAAAGAGGAAAUUAUGCCACCUCAGCCUCCUCCACAGCCUCCACAACCUCAACAACCAUUGCAAGCACAGCAACCACUACAAACAUCACAACCACCGCAAUCACCACAAUCAUCUCAGUCACAGCUACCACAGUUUCCACAGCAUUUUACAAUAUCAACGCAACCCCAGCAGCCUCCACAUCCACAACUUACUCAGCUCGCUCAGAUUCCUGGACUUCCUGGACUUCCUCAACUAACACAACUCUCUCAACUUCCUCAGUCUACUCCAUCAGUUCCACCUGCCUCAUCCAUAGAGUAAUAUAAAAAUUGUAUAAAGAGUGCUGUUUCGACAUUUCAUUUGAUGAUGUCUUUAUUAUUAAUAUAAAAUUAAUAUAUAAAAUUAAUAAAAGUGAAACUAUUGUAUUCAAUUUGA